AUGGCUCGUCCGCGGCCCCGAGAAUACAAGGCUGGAGACCUGGUGUUCGCCAAAAUGAAGGGGUACCCACACUGGCCGGCCCGGAUUGAUGAACUCCCUGAAGGAGCUGUGAAACCUCCAGCAAAUAAAUAUCCCAUCUUCUUUUUUGGGACUCAUGAAACUGCGUUCCUGGGGCCCAAAGACCUUUUCCCGUAUAAAGAAUAUAAAGAUAAGUUUGGGAAGUCAAACAAGCGAAAAGGAUUUAAUGAAGGCCUGUGGGAAAUAGAAAACAACCCUGGAGUAAAGUUUACUGGAUAUCAGGCAAUUCAGCAACAGAGCUCAUCAGAAACUGAAGGAGAAGGAGGAAAUACAGCAGAUGCCAGCAGUGAAGAGGAAGGUGAUCGGGUAGAAGAGGAUGGAAAAGGAAAAAGAAAGAAUGAAAAAGCAGGCUCAAAACGGAAAAAAUCCUACACUUCAAAGAAAUCCUCCAAGCAGUCACGGAAAUCUCCUGGAGAUGAAGAUGAUAAGGACUGCAAAGAGGAAGAAAAUAAGAGCAGCUCUGAUGCUGGAGAUGCAGGCAAUGACACAAGAAACACUUCUUCAGAUUUGCAGAAAACCAGUGAAGGGACUUAACCAACAUAAUGACUGCUGAAUAUUAAGGGAAAACACAAGAAGGUUACAUGUUUGGUUGUCUAAUAUUCUUGGAUUUGAUAUGAGUCACCACAUCUGUCCAUUAGUAUCAUCAACAGCAUCCCAGUUUGUAUGCACAUUAUUCACAUUCCUAUCUAUUGUGUUUGCAGA